GCUGGACGGGCUACGAUUUCGCUCCUGCCAGAAGACUUCCUCGUGAGCCAGAGACUUUAUAUAUCACCCUCGUUUUCCAUCUCACCCAUUUUGAUAUAAUGUUUCAGCAGCAUUAAAGAAAUAUUUAUUAAUCGUAUUACUGUAUACUGAAGGUGAUGUUUAAGGUGACAAAGCGCAUAAGUUUGUGUAAAGACGUAAGCACCUCCUUCAAGAACUUUGGGCAACAGUUGUGAUUUGGAAACUUGAUCACCGACAUUGUUACUUACUUGUUAGAAGAGUAACUUUUUUCCCUCGGUUAUUGUUGUCUCAUAAAGGAGUAUUAAAACUCUGCAAGGUACUGGAAGGUCUCACUGAUUCCUGGAAGACACUGAUUCAUAAUUCCGGAAGACACAUAGUUCCUGAAAGACAUUGACGGAAGACUAGGAAUCAAGAUGGGAGAAAAUUAAUGAGUUCACGGGAAAAAAAAAAUUAUCAUGGAAGACAUAAGUAAUUUUGGUAUAUCAAUAAUUCUUCCUGGAAAGCUCAACAUUAAGAUAUAAGAACCCUGAUACAGUUAGUAAAGUUCUCCUGGAAGCCUUUAACAAAUCCUGGAAGCUUCUAACAAAUCCUGGCACCUUCUAACAAAUCCUGGGAGUCACUAACAUAUCCUGGAAAACCUCUAACAAAUCCUGGAAGCUUCUAACAAACCCUGGAAGUCACUAACAGAGCCUAGCAGCCAAUAUUACACCUUGGAAACCUACAGUAAACAACUAAAUGAGAAAUCCUAUAAUUCUUUUGUAAGUUCAAGUCCUGAGAUGGACUUGAUGGACGUGGGUCAAGGACAUGAAAACCAGGGUGGAGGUGGUGGUAGUGGUGGUGGUGGUGGCCCUCGCUACCUUGGUGAUGCUGUUAGGUCACGUCAGAGGGCUGGACGGUGACCUGAAAUUAGUGAACAACGGAUACGAGGGUGUUGUUGUGUCUAUCAGUGACCACAUACAGCAAGAGCACUGUAGCCAUGUUAUUCACGGACUUAAGGCUGUGUUGCGGGAGCUGUCCAGUCAGCUGUGGUCAGCCACUGAUGGUCGGGCGUCACUCCGGGAGGUGACAGUCACUCUACCUCGGGCCUGGAGGACCUCACCUUCCCUCACCUGCUCGCUCUUCUCGCCCCUUAUGUACUCCUCCUGGCCAACAGAGGGCCACAUCCGCGUCACGGCGCCUCAUCCUGGCUUCGGCUCACGGCCAUGGACACAGCAGAGUCAAGGUUGUGGCCGCCAGGGGGACUUUAUACAGGUGGGUGGAGACUUCCUACGAGCGGCGGGUAAUGGCUCUCACGCCCACGCUGCCAGGCUCCUGUUAGCAGAGUGGGCCAAGUUUAGGUGGGGAGUGUUUGACGAACGGGGUCACGCCCACGAUCCUCUAUACCCGCCCACAUUCCGUGACCCCAACACCCAUCAGUGGGCGGCGACGGGGUGUGCUGACGGAGCAGUGCGAGGCAGGAUCUGUGACCCAUCCCAGCCCGGGUGUUCCUUCACUCCUGACCUGUACACAAACAACCACCUCAGCGCCUCUCUCCUCGCCUUCCCUCACCUUCCCACCGUUCGACUCUUCUGUACGGACAACACUCACACACACGUUGCACCCACCAAACAUAACUCGUUGUGUGGUGGUCGCUCAGCCUGGCAGAUCAUUCGCCAGACGCAGGACUUCGUAGGCGGACGUAACGCAGCCAGCAGCAGUAAUAGGAACUUAGAGCCCGUGUUAAUGUUUGUACAGCAGGCCAACCCUCGUUACGUCUUCGUUAUCGAGAACACUGCUACCAUGAACCUACAGCGACGAUGGGAGUACCUGAGGAAGGCGAUGCGACGUGUUGUGGUUUACGACGUACCGGCCGGAGCUCAGGUGGGCGUGGUGACCUUCAGCUCGGUGGCCCUGACGGUGGCUCCCCUCACCGUCGUAGAGAGCCAAGAAUCAGAUAUGAGACAACGGGUUGGCUCAUCUUUACCUCGUAACACAUCACCGAAUCCUGAAACCCAGAAGUGUAUUCUCUGUGGGCUGCAGGAGGCCCUCAGGCUACUGAACGCAAAGGGCAGGAGAGGUGCUGAUGGCGGUACGGUCAUCUUCAUCACUACAGGCUCAGGUCCAACUACUCACCUGGACGUGGACAGGAUGCAUCACUUGGUGAAUCAGUACCACUUGAGGAUGAACGUUGUGCUGUAUCCACUGACGGAGCGUCGGGGAGCUGCUGCGGCUGCCUCUCACGCCCUCCAUACUCUAGUGGAGGCAACAGGAGGAUCCAUUUUCACCGUUAUGGACGAAGGUGUUGGUAAUGACUCGAAGGUGAAGAUGAUGGUGGCUUUAAUGGACGCCCUCUUAGCACUGGUCCAGCAGAAUGCCCCCGCGUCAGCCCCGGGAGCCCCAGUACUGGUGCACAACACAGCCUACCCGGGAGGAAUUGCCUCCAUGUCCGCUGGAACCUUCGCGUUGGACGACUCGCUGGGACCCGACGCUCGCUUCUCUAUCUACUACUACGACCUUAACCACGUGGGCAACAGCAUCCAGCUGACGGCGCCUUCUGGCCAUAAGAUCGCUUCCGUCAACAUACAGGAGGAGGAUGGUGACGUCAACAUGAUCUUCAUCAACCUGGAGAAGGCUGAGCGCGGACUGUGGACGUACAGCGUAGAGAACUGCGCUGACUCCCACCAAGGCCUGUACGUGCAGGUCACAGCCAAACAAAACUCCUCGGCGGGUCUUCAGGCGCGGCUCUGGACCAGCGCUGGAGCUCAACUCAUCAACUCCUCUGACCCGUCGACGCCCGUGGUGGUCUACGCUGAGGUAAAGGCUGGCGUGGCGCCCAUCAUCAACGCCCGUGUGGUGGCCAAGAUCCACAGACUAGGCACCAACGUUACAGGCAGUGACUACCAGCCCAUCUUCCUUCACCUGUGGGACAACGGCGUCGGCGAUCCAGACAUUACACAAGGAGACGGAGUGUAUUCCCGGUACCUGCCGCAGCUACCAGGCUCCCCGGGCCGGUACCUCCUGAGUGCUGACGUAGACUACAACAACGGGCUGGCGGUGGUAGCUCAGGGACCUCCUACCAGGCGCCGGUACAAGAAACCAUCACUCCAUCUCCCCUUCUACCACCAUCACUACCACGAUACCUGGAACAGCGAGGAGACUUGUUGCGGUCAUUCUCUACCGCACGUCCACACCCGCCGCACCCCACCCUUCCUGCGGCAUCUCACCAGUGGGGUCCUGGAGGUCAUGUCACCAGCCCCUUACCGCGAUCUUAUUCCUCCCUCCCGGGUAUUGGAUCUCCGUGUAGAGGUAAACGACACGGUACACGAGAUCUCCCUGCGCUGGACGGCCCCCGGGGACGACUGGGACACAGAUAGAGCCCACCAUUACGAGGCUGUGGUGGCCCCGUCCUGGAAGAAGGCGAGAGCAUUCCAGGGGGACCGUCUGACAGGCCUGCCUCACCCCCUCCCUGCCGGCACCAUCCACACCACCAGCCUUCACUUUACCAGAUACGAGGAGCUGUGGUACCUGAGUGUGCGCGCAGUGGACGAGGCAGGUAACAUGGGUGGUGUGGGGAACAUUGCGGCCUUGUGGGUGCCUAGACCUCCUACCACCUACGAGAUCACCACCAGGACCCAACCAGCACUCACCACCUCAGGUAAUUACACCUUGACGUCAGAACUGGGGUCAGGUCAUCAUCCUGUAGGGGCGUCGGAGGUGAGACUGGAGGACUUAGCACUUAUCAUGGGCAGCCUUGGGGGGUUGGUGGUGGUGGUGGCUGCACUGGUGUCUUACUGCUACUGUUACAUUCUCAAAAAACGUAAACAGCAACAACAACAACUACAACAACAACAGAAAGACGAUGAUGAUGAUGAUAAGAUGGAGACAGGUAGCAGUUGUAACGAUAGUAUUGCCAUGGUGAAGGCUGAGAGUCUACAUGUGGAUGAUGGAGGUGAGAGCCACGAGCCUCAGGAGCCUAUGAUGAAGAAACCUCCUCCUGAAGAGACACAGAGCGCUAGACCCGUCCCUUCUGUUCAGUCUUGGAGCCAUAACACUCACCUACCCGGAUACGAACGCCCUCUGUCAGUUCACAAUGAGACAGGUGAGGAGAGACUGGUGGCGUAUCAGGUAGAUGGCGCCCCUCUUAACACUCCCUUCCCAGACGUGACGGUGACGCAUUACGCACCAACAGCGUCUGGGAAUGCCGGACCUGGGUCUUCUGUGUACCUGCCCAUCUGUACAAACGAAGAGCCACCCCUACCUUGUCACUGUGCUAUCCCAGGACCCGACUUCACCACAUACAGGACUACAGCUACUGCCACCACCUGGGACGAGCCCCUCACUAGUCAUCUCUUCUCUCGCGCCCACACCGCCCACACCGCCGCCCUCUCUACCACAGUUCACCAUCACCUGCCGCAAGGUGACUGCCGCAACGUGACCCAGGUGUAAUAUUCUACGGAUGUGAUAUUGUCUGUGUAUUUGUAGUCUUUAUUGAUGCUCUUGUGCUGCGCGUGUGAGGUGACCAAGGGGAACUUAAGGUGAAGGUGAAGACAAUUUAGGUGGAGGGAAAUUAAGGGGGAAAGUAAUUUAGAUGAGGAAAAUUAGAAUGAAGAAUUUUAAGGUGAAAACAAUUAAGUUAAAGACAAUUUAGGUGAAGACAAUUAUGUUGAAGCUAAUUAAGUUGAAGCCAAUUAAGGUCAAGACAAUUUAGGUGAAGUUAAUUAAGGUGAAGACAAUUUAGAUAAGCCAAUUAAAGUGAAGACAAUUAAGGGAAAACCAAUGAAGCUAUAGAGGCAAAUAAGGCUAAAACUAGAUGAAGACAAUAUAGGUGAAGACAAAAUAAAGACAAUAUUUUUUGGCUUUGUGUGUUGUGAUAGUUUUGUGAUAAACGGAGAAGAAAAUAUCUAUAUAAUUUAGACUAUAAUCAUUAUUUUUUUUGUAUGUGUAAAAUAAUAUAUGUAUAUGCUUCUAGAACUGAUGUGUUAACACACACACACACACGUAUAUUUACAGUAUAUAUGCAUGUAUACAUUUUCUAAUCACCAACAAUAUCAUCAAUUCUGUAUCAGGUGAUCGUUAGUGGAAUCCCUUUCAGCUAAUGGUGCAAAUAACCCCCCCAGACUGAAGGUAAACAUAUUGUAACAAGGAAAUGGGUAGUUGUAACAUGGAAUACACACUAUCAAAUUACCAAUGGAACUUAAAAGCCCUGAUUAUGUGCAUUACAUAUUAAGAUGCUGAUUUGGUAGUUAACCCACCUUGAUGUAUCUGUUAUGUCUAUAUGUCUGAUUGUCUGUCUGUGAUUUUUUGCGAUUUUCCUAAGAUGUAGAUUUAGAUGUGUCAUUAUGAGCAACUUUGACGAUAUUUUCUUACUGUGUUUUAAGGAUAUGAACGACUAUAGUAAGUGGACCAUGUAAAGUGUUUUGCACUAGUCAUUAAAGAGACGACAACAACAUG